AUAUAUACUGGCAUUAUACUAUUCAUAUAUAUGUGUUGUGCAUGUUUGAUACAAUAACGUAGGUUAUGACAGUUUCAAUGGAGUUACCUAUUCAACCAGCGCUGUCUAAAAUUUUACGAAAUAAAAACACAAAUGAAUAUUGGUCACUCGACCUGGUGGCGGCUGAAGCAAUACUGAAAUUGUUAUCUUAGUUCAAUGGAGAUUAUGCAUCUACCUGUGAAACUUCUUUUGGUGAUCUAAGUUAUAGCAAUGGGGCUGACCGCACGUAUUUAACGCAGUAAUUAAGUCCAAAAGGCCCCAAAGCUGAAAAGCUAUGAAGCGGUCCAGGCCCAGGGUCACCUACAGACCAAAAACCAGUAGCGUUCGCAUUUUUGAUUCAAGUUAAUUUCAUUGGAUAAAUGCAGCACAGAUUUGAUCAACAGGCUAGAAGUAGCUAUUAAACAUGUGUCUUUCUUCAUAAAUGCUUCUCUAUUAGCUCUACCCUGUUCUUACAGUUGUUUUUCUUUUGUAUGUGCGAUCACGAAACAAUUUCUGUGAAUUACAACACUUUAUGCUAAUUUGCCAAUAAAUGCAUAACAUACGCGCGCACAGUUGAAUAUGAAUAUUUUCCCUGUUUUGUAAAUAUGUUCUUUUUAGAAGAAAACUAUAAGUCAGAAAUAACAACUUACAGUUGCUAAAAAUCAUUUCAAUAAAAGAUGAGCAAAAAAACCUCUGAAGUCCUUUUCUUUUAUGAAUUGUUUUAACCAUUAUCAGUGUUUUCCAAAUAAUGCAAGAAGAUGAGCAGAAGAAUCUCUGAAGUCCUUUUCUUUUAUGAAUCUUUUAACCAUUGCCAGUGUUUUCCAAAUAAUGAAAUUGUCUUCAUUUCCUAGUGUUAUCUAUAGCCGCUAUCAUCAGCGAAAAUCAAAGCAUCAAGAUGCACCAUACAGUUCUUACAAAUUUAACAUUCGAUUUUCAAAAACACGUCCUCGAGAUGACAAGCCACGUGUUCUUUGUCUUUCAAUGCCAUCUAAAACCAUGAAAAUAAGUCACUUUUUUCGAUUAUUGUUAUUCUUAAAUUAUAUGCGAAUCCAAGCACAUCCACAGACCCGAAACAAUGGGUGUAACUGAGCUAUAUUUUAUUUUGCGCUAAACACCGAUCCUCCCGCUAGGCGUCAUUUUCGCUGCGUUACACGUUUCUGCGCUUUCCACGCACUGGUCCGUCAGUUAGCACCUUGUCAUCCGCAGAAUAACUUCGAUGAAUGAGGAGAAAAAGUCCAAAGCGAUGUCAGUGUACAGCGUUACGGCCUAGUGGUGGCUGGCCAGUGGAUCAAGAGUCCGUUCUCAGGCGCCUGUGAUUUUCUUAGUAGCAGCAGUAGCAGCGUGGCCCUCUCUGGGUGGGUGCCCGCCCACCCGCCUGUCUGUAUGUCUGUCUGUGUAUCCAACUCUCCGGGUCUUUCUAUCUGUCUGCGGUGUGCCUGCCACCGUACCGUUAGCAUCAGCCAUCCUGAACGACCGGUUGCAGCUGAGCGACGGAGGAAUUCUGUUUAUUGCAGCAGUGCCGUGCCGUACUUACAUCUUCGUGUUUUUCUCAGUGCAGUGGUGCCGCCUGCUUUUGGUGUCCUGCACAAUCUCCAUGACCGCUAUCGACUGCGACGAACAUUCUGCAGCAGAAGCAUUAGUCAAAACCGUGAGUGAGUGGGAAUCGAAAGUAGAACAGCACUACCAAGGGGUAGUGGCAAUUAAACAGCAGAAAUAGCAGCGCUAGCAAUUAUCAGCAGCAGGAACAGUAUCAGUGAGGUGAAAAAAUCUGAGUGGGCCUAUGCGCUAGUCACCCGGCAGGCAGAGCUGCGUUACCAGAGGCCUGUCUGUCGAUGAGCCAAUAUUGUUGACGUGGUUGUUGUUGUUGUUGUUGUUGUUGUUGUCGUCGUCGUCGUCGUCGUCGUCGUGGUCGUUAUUGUUGGUCUUGCUGCUGGCACGGCCGCUUGAUACCUGGCGGAGGGUUCCUGCUUCAGCGCGGUUAGGUCGGGAGGCAGCAGUUGACAGAACGCUGGCAGGAAAGUGGGUGAAUCCGUGGCACUGUCUGCCGUGUGCGAGCAGCUAGGAUUAGGCAUCACAGCGUCGGAUCGCAAAUGGACACGCCGCCAACGAUGUCGCUACCGGUGUUUCCCUCGAUCCUUGGUGCUUCCCACGUUUGCGUACUGCUGCCUUUAUACCUGAAGAGAAGCCUUUUGUCUGCUACCCCGAUACACACGAAUAGAGGAAGCGCAGCGCGGUUUUGUUUGGACAUUCAUUGGAGAGCUGAAUAUGUGUCGUCGAAAGUAACAGUGCAGUUUCCAAAAAAAUGGUGUUUAGGGUCUAGUCAUGCGGUGCCUCGUUUAUUGAAUAUCUAUACAGCUGGAUAAGUCGAUGACGGUCAUGAUCAGAGAAAAAUAAUGUGAAAAAAAAUAGGAUGGUGGCAAGGAGAUGGUCAUUUUCAAUCUAGUUAUACUUCGUUGCGAUCACAGCCGUCGGAGUCACUCAUACCAAAACGAUAGUAAGGUUCAACCCAGAUCCAGGCCCGCGGCACGACCUACAUUAGCAGUAAUCAUUAUGAUAACAAUACUAGAAACAUUCCUACAGAUGAUAUUAUUGUAGCAGUGAUCAUCGAUGAGACUAAAGCGGAAACAAGCAGCCGAGCCGUUAUUGCUGGAGAGCGGCCCGCACCCGUAACAAGGAUUACCUCCGUUCAAUAGUUGGGACGGCGCUCGGGGCAAAAUGUUAUACGACUAAUGUAUCAUUUACCACCGGAACAACUGCUAUGGUGAACAUAGAUAGAAUUAAGGAAAAGAGAAACCACAGCGUGCGAAUCAUUUGUCACCAGUCAACUACAGUUAGGGAACCGGAGCAGGUUCAGUGUCGAUGCAGACAAAACCGGUGGCCUCAGCAGCAGCAGCAGCAGAAAGCUACGGGGAGAUUCGACAUACUGCGCCACUCUCGUUAGCGACGUUUGUGCACACCUGUUUCAAGUUACUGCCUGAAGUUGCCCCUUGCAUCAAAGAAAAAGCCCAUCAGCCACAGCUAAAGAUGUACACAAAUUCUGCCAUCGGACUAACUUUAGAGAAAACAACGAGGUAGCUACUGUUGCUGGUGAUACCCAGACAAAAUCCGGAGUAGUGCGGCCUAAUUUCAAAGAGCUAUCGUGUCCAGCCAUUUAGAAGGCGAACAGCAAUCAGGUAGAACACUUUUUUGCCUAAGCAGUGGCUAAAAGUUGAGGCUCUUCCAAUACGUUCCCCGUAAAACGCUAAAUUGACGCUAAGCGCUGGUGAACUCGGUGUGUUACAUGGGACGGGCUCGCUGCGGAAAAGUCUACCUGUGCAAAUAUUAAGUGCGAUCCUUUCUCACCGCCUUCACCUAUCACACUUACCGUGUGUGGCGUUGCUGGUAACUUUUCUAUAUAACAGGCUGUUUGGAACGCCAUCUUAAAAGCAGGACUCCCAGAGGUCAGUCAGUGAAGUAACACAGAAAAGCAGAAAAUCAAAAGCGUCAUGAACAAUACUUGGUCUAUCGUCAUGGAUUACUAAGUUUCCAAGCUGAUUUCAGGCGAAAGCAGCAAUGCGACGAACUCUGGCCUUCAGUCUAAUGUGGCGACUGGUGCGUCUAUACUCGCAUUUGAUUAUCUGUGCAAUUUUGCUCGGAGUAUGUCUAUUGGUUUUGUUCCGUGGUAUAGGCCCGCCAGGCCCCGCGGAGCAGGGUACAGUGGAUCUCGACGCCGAACUACGGAACCUCGAGCUACAAGUAAAGAAAAAUCGUCAAGAAUUGGCUUCGCUGAAACGCAGCCUAGAAGAAGCGGAACAGAAAGCCAGAGUUCCUGUCGCUGCAUCCGGAGCAGACGUUGCGGGGAUCGGGAAAUCCGACACGCUACACGAUACCAGCACAAUGUUUUGCAUGAAAAGUGUCCCCCCGCGUGCUAAAUGUGACUAUGACAUACGGAGCAUCAUUCAGACGGUAUCAUUCACCAAUGAGGACGGCGGAGUUUGGAAGCAAGGCUGGCCCAUUGAAUAUGACUCGACACAGUGGGAUGCCACCAACAAACUUAAGGUGUUCAUUGUGCCCCAUUCGCACAACGAUCCCGGAUGGAUAAAAACGUUUGAAAAGUAUUAUACCGAGAACACAAAAAAUAUCCUCACAUACGCUGUCGCUAAACUAAGCCAACACCGUGACAUGACUUUUAUUUGGGCUGAGAUUUCUUUUUUUGCGCGAUGGUUCGAAGAACAGCCCGAACCGAUUCGGAAGAAUGUCACCCGGCUGGUGAAAGAGGGCCGCCUCGAGUUCGUUACCGGCGGCUGGGUGAUGAACGAUGAAGCUAACACUCAUUACUACGCCAUGCUGGAACAGCUCGUACUUGGCCACGAAUGGUUGCAACGAAAUCUACCGGCGGCACCGAAGCCGAAAAAUGGCUGGGCCAUUGACCCGUUCGGGCUAUCGCCAACGAUGGCGUUUCUUCUGAAGGGACUCGGCUUGAAGAAUAUGGUCAUACAGCGAGUGCACUAUUUUCUCAAAAAAUAUCUUGCAAGAGCUAGGGCUUUAGAAUUUCAGUGGCGCCAGUCCUGGGACACGCAAGGUGAUACAGAUAUGUUUUGCCACAUGAUGCCUUUCUAUAGUUACGAUGUCCCGCACACAUGCGGCCCUGACCCAGCUGUUUGUUGCCAGUUUGAUUUUAUGCGAUUAAAACCAAGCCGGUCAAGCUGUCCGUGGAAAAUGCCCCCGAUCAAGAUAACCGAGAGGAAUGUGGCUUCUCGAGCUGCGCUGUUGCUCGACCAGUAUCGCAAGAAAGCACAGCUGUACCAGACAAGUUCAGUGCUCAUACCGCUUGGUGAUGACUUCCGUUUUGACCGUAGUACUGAAUGGGACAGCCAGUAUACGAAUUACAAGAGAAUUAUGGAUUUCAUUAAUAAGAACGAGUCAUUGAAUGCCAACGUGCAGUUUGGCACACUUCAGGACUAUUUCCAGUCAAUUGAGAACGAUAUGCGUUCAUCAGCCGUUACGAUACCUACGCUGACGGGCGACUUCUUCACUUACGCAGACAAGAAUGAUGAGUACUGGUCUGGCUAUUAUACAUCGAGACCAUUUUACAAGUUUUUAGAUAGGCGCGUCGAGUCGACGUUGAGGACAGCUGAAAUUGUGCACAGUCUGGCCAAAGCAAACGGUAUGAACUGUCGGGUGACGAAAAUGCUGGACCAAGCGAGAAGAGGCCUCUCGCUCUUUCAACACCAUGACGGUAUUACGGGCACGGCGAAAACACACGUAAUGCAAGACUAUGGCAUGAAACUCAACCAGGCAUUAACAAACUCAAUGAAUAUCAUCCGCAUAUCUGCUGAAUAUUUGCUCGGCAACACUGAUUCAUGUGAGAACAACAUUGUCAUUAACUUGAAUGGAACGGUUGAGGGCUACUCGUCGAGGGUAUUGCUUGAUUUUCGCCAGGCCUCCUAUAUCGUGUCGGUUGUAAAUGCGUUAACCGCCCUUCGGCGAGAGGUAGUCACGAUUUACACGGUAUCACCCGACGUGACGGUUAAAGGCGCGGUGUCUCAACUUUCGCCCGCAUUCGAUGGCUGCAAGCUGCGCGACGAUCUCUUCGAGUUAAGCUUCCAGGUUGAACUACGACCCCUCGAGGUUAAAGCGUUCACGGUAUCACGCGGUGGCCACGAAACGGCUCCGUCGAGAGCGGACGUCAUAUUUUACAAGAGCUCGUGCGAGAACAGCGGCGGGGGCGUCUUUCAGGUAAGCUCGUCUGAUGAGCAGAACUUCAAAGUCGAGACUAGCGGUUUGUCAGCGAGCUUCUCGAAGUACACCGGUCUGCUGACCCGACUGACGCAGACUACCGCACAGGCGUCCGUCGAAAUCUCGUUCUGGCGAUUUUCCACGCACAGCAACCCGAAACGAGAUAAAUCCGGCGCGUAUCUGUUCAUGCCAGAGAAAGACGCCCCCACAUCACUACGUUUCGUUCCGACAACUGUUGUCGCAGUAAAAGGCGCCCUCGUCAGUGAGGUACUCACUAUUACCUCAGAUAUCAAGGUGCAUUUCCGCAUCAAGGAGUCACCAGGCAUCGAUGGGCAAACUAUUGAGAUACACAAUAUUGUCGACAUCACUCGAACGAACAAUUUCGAGUUGCUGAUGCAUGUCUCUACUUCGAUCGAAUCGAAAUCAUUCUUCACCGAUCUCAAUGGUUUCAGUUACGUCGAACGACGCUACCAGCAUCAAUUACCUAUUCAGGCCAACGUGUACCCGCUGUCGGCCAUGGCCUACAUACAGGACAGCUUCGCGCGGCUCAGCCUUGCAUCAGCACAGCCCCUCGGCGUGUCCGACCUUGGCGAACAAGGCUCGUUGUAUGUGUUCCUUGACAGGCGGCUCAGUCAGGACGAUAACCGAGGACUAGCUCAGCCGGUACAAGACAACAUUCCCGCGUUGAGCUCGUUCCGGCUCGUGCUCGAAUCGCAAAGCGACAUCGAUCCUCGGCCUUCAUUGUUGGCCUUGCUCACGUACCAUUCAUUGUCGUCGCCUGCUCUUCCUCUAUUAGUUCACGGCACUAAAAAGGAGUCAUAUUCAACCUCAUCGACCCUUCAGCCUUGCGGCCUACACCUUGUCAACGUUCGCUUCAUGGACACCGGGACCGGCGAAGAACCUCAGUUCCUCAUUACGUUACACAACGAAGGUUAUUCGUGCAGUGAGCUAGUGCCUAUCGGUAUGUGCCAGAUUACAUCGGCUGGCAUGGACUUAACAACGCUCUUUGGACGGACAUUCGGUGAUAGCGCGCAGUUCACAUCACUCAGCGAUCUGUACCCCGGUGAUGUGUUCCACGUCACCGAGAACAUUCAUGUGCCGGCUAACCACAUUCGGGCGGUAAAAAUGGCUCGACUCAUCCCAUGAUUCUAGUGAGCAACCAAUCAAGCAGUCCUAUUAUUCGUCGUUGUAGAGUUAGCUAGCUAAGAAACAUAGAGAAGCCCUUCUUUUAAAAUAUUAUAGGUAAAAAACGACAGAUGAGUGAAAGAUUUAUAUAGAUACUACAUACAUAUUAUGCUAAUGUACUGACUAAUGGAGGCUUUCAGACAUGCUAUAUAUAUGCGUGUGCGAGGCUUCCGGAUAGACAAGACCAUGAAUGAGGAGAUAUAUCGUGUUUAAUUUACUAGCAUUGAUAUUUCGAUAGUAGAAGUAGUAAUACGAAUUAUAGUACUUAUAAAAUGUAAGAGAUAAAAGUAUAGAGCAAGCGAGAAGGAGAGAAAGUGCGUCUAAUACAGGAGAAUAUAACGACGACAAGCACUGUUCUGGGUGGCUGAUGAAAUAAAGACGGCCCAAUUGUAUUAGGUUGAUAGGAAACUUAUUUCGACCACGUUUAGUUUUUGUUACCCAUAUAUUUAAUUUAGCCGUUUGGCUUGCAAAUUGAUUGGUGGGCCUCUUCUAUGAAGUGUUCGUUUUGCACUUUGGCCGAGCACGUCAAUAGCGAUCGUCUGCUCAGUAGUCAGAUGUCCUAUGAUCGCAACCGCAAAUUCUUUAUUACAGAAUUAUAUAUUGCUGAAAAAUAAGGCACUUAAGACAGCCAAGAUUGUGCAGUGGAUUGAAGGUAAACUUUGAAGUGCCAUCUGAUGGCAUUUGUCAAGAUUGGUUUUAACAAUCUCCAGCUGAAGGUUUAUUUCUAUAAAAAACCGAACUCUGAAUGGCCGCAAGAAGCGAAUGACGACAAAUUGCAAAUACUUCUGUAGAAUGAGAAUUCGACCAAGUCAUCUUACAAAUGCUCUGUAUGGGUAAAAAAACAAACUAUUACAAAUUACCUGCAUACACGAACUAACCUAUCAAACGUAUUUAAACGUAGAUACUAUAUGAACUUAGUGGCUUUGCCAUUUGCUUAAGCACAUACAUAUCAUUACUUGCAAGCUAGGAAAAAAGCCAUUCCUGUAAAAUAUCGGCACCGCAAAGUGAUCUCUAAUGACGAACUUUGCCGCAAGAGAGAAUAGCAAAACCACAGAUAAUUCUCGAUAUAAACAACACCUAAGAUUCAAUAGGGUCUAAAAGGAACUACCUAUAUAAGCGUAUAGUAAAGCUGCAUAAACACAAUUAAAUGAUGAUCGCUGACUGUGAUUCGACUCGGCUCCUCAAGUUGAGUCAUAAAACUAAUGAUAUGAAGGCUCUUGAGACACAAGGCCACAUGGGACUAGCGAAAAUUCUGAUAAACCUAAGACUGACAGUCCUUCAACGAAAAUACUUUUACGCCCUACUUAUUAAAUUGCAACUGUUAGAAUUAGUGCAGCACGGCCCAUUUAAAGCAGGAAACAGAAAAACAAAAUGAUUUCAUAAAUGGGUUCCAUAGUUGAGAGAUACAUCCUUUACCCAAAUAAAUAAACGAAGAACACGGAAAAAGCUAAUCAAUUUUAGAAGGCGACACUGAUAUAUUUUAAAUUUUAGCGCCACUAAAAAUGACUUAAUUAAAAAAAAACGAAAAUACUUAUCUAACUAACGUAAUAAUGCUAACAACCAAGAAAUAACUAAUUAAAUGCAGUUUGCAACUGCAUACGCCGAACUGGUAAUGAGCGAUUGUUAUAAAGUGAAAAUAUAAACAAGCAAAUGUAUACAUGUUCUCUUGUUACGUGAGUCUGAAUGGAUGGACAAAUGACCUGAAAGUGUGGAUCCAUCUAAGAAAUUUUGUGUGGUUAAUUAUUCGAAAGUGUAUAUUUUGAUAAUGAUUGUCAAAACGGUUCUAAGUAGCCAGUGUCCACUCUUACCAGACUCCAGCUGAUUUGUUUCCGUCACGAUAUUUCCGAUGCAAUUUAUGCAACGUUUAGCAUUGUACGCGGACUAAGCCCAGCUAAAGCAACACCCGUAACAACAAUAAUAACAGCGACAAAUAAAUAAUUUCUUAUCACCGUGGUCACAAUCUACUAAGUAAACAUUGACAUAAACAUCUUUGACCGUAACGAGAAGAUAAAGCGUUUGUAUUCGUAUACUUGUGGGAUGCGAGAGGGUAUUAGAAGAAGAAACAAUAGAGAAAAGAUAAUCAUAUUAUUACAAUAUUAUAGCUUGAAGUAGUCCUAGAUGUGAUAUAUAUACAUAUAUAUAUAUAUAUAUAUAUAUAUAUAUAUAUACACAGCCGGUUAUCAAUCAAAUAGGCUCAACAAUUCGAACCGAGUUUCAGGCCCAUCGCACGACACUACAGCGACAUAUUUUCAAACGGUUUUUUGGCGACUGUUCAUAUAGUUAUAAAGAAAUCGGCAAAUAUUUUCGAAUUUUUGACAAAGCAUGUGGGAUCGUUGCAAGCAAUAGUAUUUCAUGGUACUGCCCCUUACAGACAGAAUUGCUGCCACUCUCUGAAACGUGUUUCUGAUGGAGUUUUUCGCUGCCGCAAAUAUGAGUGGAUCAUGAUGCCAAACGUCAGUAAUUUUUUUUACAAAGAUCUGAAAUAUUUCAUAUUCUCUGUCCUUUCCAAACCAGUUGUUAUAAUUUUUUAGACAUCUAUUUUUGGAUUGAGAUCUGGUGAAACAGCAGGUCAUGGCAGCACCUCUAGUGUCAUUGCCAACUAGUAGCUUUACCAUGCAUGAAGAUAUAGUCACCGGUGGAACUAUUGUACUGGAGGCACCGUCUUGCUCUCGAUAACUUCAGCAUAUUCUUUGUGCAUUAUUAUCCCCUGUGCGAAAUGUGUCAUCCCAGUGCCUUUGAUACACAUAAUAAACCACAUCAAAACUUCCAACAGAUGUUGAAUUUUCGACAUAAUGCGGUUUUUAGAAAAUCGUUUGCCAAAACGUCUGAAUGAAUGAUGAGUUUUUUCCCGAGAGUUUCAAAAUGAAAUUCCUUUGAGAAACAGGCUUCUCUCAGUUUUCAGCGGUCCAGUUUCCAAAUGAAGACGGGUUCGCUUCAUGCGAACAUGCGAUCUAUGUUUCUUGGCAGGUCUAUUGCCCUUGAGUCGGCGGCAAAACCUAACUUUCAGAAGAACUGGUCUACAAUCUUUUAAACCGCUCUAGAGACGAAUAAGAGACGAAUUUAACUUUUCUUGGAGCUCGUAAAUAACCACCUAGCCUUUCUACAUUCCUUCGUGGUAGUUUCGUUCUUCGAUCUUAAAGACACGUUGUGAUCUAGGUUCGAAUCCAAGCAUAGGUACAUUUCGUUUCGUGCUGGGAGCCAGCUGUCUGAUGGAAUUUCUAACGGCGAUGCCAGACGUAAAAUUUGAAACAAAGGCCCUUGUGCUUCGUGGCACCUUUUAAUUCUUUUUACUGAUUUCACGCGACGACAGCAGAAGGGUGCUUUAGCUUAUCAGCAACGUUAGCGACCGUGUACUGGAAAACAUGAAACGUCUCAGCAGUUUAACGUUGUGAACAUGUUUCGACAAAAACACUCCAGCCAGUCUUCGCACUUAGUUUUUCCAGCGUCGACAACGGAAGACGAAAGUACCUCGUUUUAGUGCUGAGCGAUAGACCUUGAAAUCUUGUAAAAACCAUCUGAUUAAAUACCGACCGAAUAUAUCUAAAUAUAUGUACAUAUAUGUAAUACAAUAGAAUGUGAAAGUCUAUCCACCUACAUUUACAGCUAGUGCGACCGAUGAGUAUUGCAUUUGUACCAAUAUGAUACGAUACGAUAAGGAAGGAGCUCUUGAAAUUAAGGGCAAUCCAUUGCAAUGAUUAUUUUUAAGGUAAACGUGAUUUCUCGCUGUCACGAGCCCUUUAUCCCAAUACAGUACGUAGAUCUACGAAGUUAGCUAGUUGAACGAUUGGAACAUGUGUACAAUGGACAUAGUAUGGUUUUCACUUGACGAGUCAUGGCAUUAUGAGCCUAAUACGUAGGCACACGUCUGUCGUAUUGUACAAUGCGGGUAAAUAACUUAUAGAAUAUAGACUUAUGGCAAAAAGACUAGCAGGAGAAGAACAGAAAUCUAACAAUUUGCGGGGCGUCUUGUCUAGGAUGUUUUGAUUUACAAGUUAUACGACUAUUACAUUAUAUAAUUACAAUUGCUCGUUAUCCUGUGUACGCCGUUGAUAGUGUUGCAUUAAGAUAUUCUGCGCAUACUUGACGUUUUAUGAAGUGACAACUCGAAAGUAACGUUGAUGUAGUGAAUUUACGAACAUCGCCACACAGUUGUGACAAAGGCUCCUCCUCCGGAAGCUCCGUGUUAACUAGGUUCACGUCCCACCCUUGCUAAAUCAAGCAAAGGUUGUAUUCAGCCAGAAGUAAACAAACAGGAGGAAAUGACGAGCAUCAAUACGAUAAGGUUGGCUACAGAGCUGCUUUUUGCAUAGGAGUGGCAGAUGUAUAUAUCGAGAAACGGAUAGAGGGACACGUUAUGAGAACCUUUUCUACCUAUAGAAUCUGUCACAUAAACUGAAAAUAUCAACAAAUUGUAUCUGGACCAUAAACCAGAA